CCAUUGAUGAGUGAUGACAACCUCACACCGUAUCCUAUAUGUUGAUUUCUUGUACUUUUUUUUUUUUUUAUCAUCAAUGACAAACAGUUCUGUCCAAUCAUUUAGUUACUGAAAUCCUCAAAUAAAUAAGAAUAUCAUAAUUUCCUGUCUCUUCCAUAGUUAUUUCUUCUCGUAAUCUUUAUUCUAAGCUUAUCUUUGUGGAAAAAUCAGAAACUAGGGCUAAAAUUCCACCUAAUUGCAGAUAAUAAUGGUGGAAAUCAAUAUUGUUCUCGGUUCUGAAGCAAAACUGUGGGGAGUAGAAAUAUUAAUUAAACAAAAACGUUUCGACUCCAUCCUUCUUGUAGUAUUGUUGUGAGUCAAGUCCUUUCAUACAUGGAAGCUCUUUGUCCUUUUUCGAAAUUUGAAGUUUUACAUAAACGACGCCUGGCGUUUUGAAGCAGCAAAUGAAAGUUUGAAACCCGCCACGCCUCAGUAGGCAGAUGUGAGUUGUGCCACGCCACGUUGAGUUUGUUUCUUCCGUUGUCAGGGUGCUGUGGUGUGGGUCAAGGAUUGCAUCUAAGUUGUGUCGUUGAAGGAGUGCACUUGAAUCCAGCCCCAAUAUUGCAGCAGACUGGCUUUGUUAUUUUCUCCGUUAUAUCAAGAAGGAUGCAUGCGUGCCGUGUGGUUCACGUGACAUGUGGUGACCAAACCACCACCGCCAGCCGCCAGGUAGCCCCGGGACAGGCCCAUUGGGCCAUCCAUCAUGCUGCCAUCCUUGGCCCAGGAGCUAAGAACAGUCUUCAUUGAUGGUGCAAGGAAAGUGUAAAACGUCGACGAACGAAAAGUGCUUCGAAAGGAGAGGGCGGGUCAGCUUCAGAACUGCGCCGGUGUGCUUCGUAAUCCUCGUGAAUCGCAGGGCAAUGGUGGACGAUGCUGUCAGAGCCAUGCUUCAGGAUGACGUCAUUGAACCUGCGGCUUCGCCUUUCAACGCUCCGCUUUUCUUGUUUCCCAAGUCUGAUGAUGUCCCACGAGCCCAAGUACUUCGGCAGGCUGCCCAGUAUGGUCUGUGGUGCCAAAACUACAGGACUGGUGUUGGAACUCGUGCAAUCUUCCAUACUUAUCUGAUUGGCAAAUUUAUGAUGUCACCAAACUAUUGCCGUGAGAGAGAACCACUGCUGCUGCUGCCUUUCCAUGGGACAUUCCAUCCUCCCAUGCCCUGAGGAAGAUAGGAACAUUGUAGUGCCAACACUUACGGGGUUCCUCAUCUCCACAAGGUGAGGCACCCUGAGGACCUUCCUACUCUUGGCACCCGUGGACACAACCUGCCUUUCCUGCAGGUCAGGGAUUCAUACUUGAAACUCCUGCAUCUCCAAGAUCCUUUGAUGAACUUAGCCUGUGUCUCUGAGACCUUUGUAACAAAGACUUGAGAACAAGAGAACUACCACACUCAGCCAAAACUGUACGGAAAGCUGCCAUCUCUACACAAACUAGCUAGUGUUAGGUCACUCACCACCAACAGAGACAUGUUCAUUCACUAGGAAGGUUGACCUGAGAGAAACACUAAACUGAUUCUGUCUGUGAAUCUGUAGAGAUGAAUUUAAUUAUGCUGUGUGUCUGUAAAUGUCAGUUUAAACAAUCACUUUUAUUUAUCACAUAUUUAUUGUUUAUUGAACAUAUAUUGACCAUCAAACUUAAAAGGGAUAAUAAACCUAAGUGUGGUUUGGGUGAUACAAUAAUAUAGAUGAGAUCUGUUUUUGGGAAUCUCCCUUAUUAGAUGUGAUCUCAGCAAGAAUUGGCUCAUACCAUUAGAUGCAGAAUUAGAUAUAGUGUUGACUCAACACUAAUUACAUUUCCAUAAAUUAUGUACUCUAUCUCUCUUACGAGGAUUUGGUACACAAGUGCACUUUUGUUAUCUAAUCUUUACUCAUGUAAUGGUAUAAGUAUACUAAUAUUGAAAUAAAAUUACA